AUGGAGCCAGUCGGAUUAGGAAUCGGCAUCGCAGGACUGGCUGGGAUAUUUAGCACAUGUCUAGAUAUGAUAGAGCGAAUCGACUCUUACAGGGAUUUUCGUGUGGACUCGCGCGCCAUCAUAUCUCAGUUCGACGCCGACAUACUGUUGUUUAAACAAUGGGGCAAAUCCGUUGGCUAUGAUGGGAAAACCCUCGAGGAUGACCACCAUGAAAACCUUAACGACGCUGAGACUUUCUCUGCUAUCCGGAAGAUCUUUGAGAUUAUCCAAGACAUCGCAGAAGAUCUAACUGAAGGCUCCUCCAGUCAGCAGGACGGAGCAGAAUCUACAAUCUCUCGGGGAAAACUCAAUGACUCACGACGCCGGCAGUUCCAGAAGCUUCGAGGGUUCGCAUCCCACAGAACCAAGAUAGAAUGGAUUUUACGGCACAAAGCAAGGUUUUUGGCCUUGUCACAGCAGUUUGGAAGCUUGGUGGGGAGCUUGCGCGCCUUGGUACCUCCUGAGACCUCAAGAUCAGUGGAUUCGGUAGGAGGACAGUUACACCAAGCAGACCCCUCCUCCCACAAUGAUGUUAUGUCCAAACCCAUCCGAGGCGUUAAUGCUUCCUCACCUCACCUCGAUUUCCAACGCCUUUGUAUGGAGAUAGAAAAACAGUUUGAACGCCACAUGAAGAAAGACCUAGACGACUGGCUCGGGGCAUCAUUUACGAAUGCCACAUAUAGCGAUUCUGUUGAGAAGAGAUUACCUGACACUUGCAACUGGAUACUCGAUCGUGGAGUGUUCGUCGAUUGGGAAUCUGCCAAUUUUGCAUCGACGCGUGCCAAAGUCCUGUGGAUUAAUGGACCUGCAGGUUACGGCAAGACGGUCUUAAGUGCAAGGAUAGUACAACACCUCAAAGCCCGGGAUAAUCUUAUUUUGGCCCAUUUCUUCUUCUCUGCAGACCUCGAAAACAGAGCGGAUCCUUUCAUUGUCAUUCGAUCUUGGGCAUCUCAAAUAAUAUCACAAAAUCGAGAAGCUUUCGAUAUAGCUUGUGGAAAGCUCGAGGUCCAGAACGGACAGCCCGCAUCGUCGACGGAAGUGAUGGGAUUAUUCAAGGAAAUCGUUCAACAAGUUCCGAACUGCAUUUGCGUGGUGGAUGCGUUAGACGAGUGCUCUUCAAAAGGAAACUGGUCUACGGUACAAAGCAACACCAUGGAAUCAUUCAUUCGCUUGACAAUGCAGGCAAUAUCUGGAACCAGUUCUCAAGUGCUUAUGGUUAGCCGUGAUGAUCAGGAGAUCAGAAAAGGUCUCGCCCAAAGCAAUACAAAAAAUGCUGGAUUUGAGGUGUUUGAGUACAAGAUAGACCCAGCGGAUGUGAAGCCAGACGCCUCUAAGCUUGCUUGCAGUAUCGUGGACGAGAAGCUGCAUAAAAAGAGCACAGCACUGAAAGCAGAAAUCGCUGAGCGAAUCGUUGACCGGUGCGAUUCCAUGUUCUUACGCAUCAAACUCCUGGAGAACGAUAUUCGCAGUGGUAAAAACCAGAAACAGCUAGAACGAAUCGUAGACCAAGCCCCUGCGGCCCUUGGUGACCUCUACGAUAGAAAUUGGGCAAGAAUCAUGGGCCGGUCAAAUGAUCAAGAUCGUGCACUAGCAAUCCUAAGAUGGAUAACCUUUGGUUUACGCCCAAUCACAGUCUUCGAAAUGACAGAGGCGUUGCUCCUUACGGGUUUUGAGGACGUCGAUGAUUUUGAGAACGAAUUGCCAGAUGAGGUUGAUGAAUCUUAUAUCCAAACGGAAAUCCUAGAACUCUGUGAAUCACUAGUUGAGACUCGAGCCGGCAACUCGACAGACGUCUUAGGUCUCAAAACGUUGCACCUAACGCAUUUCACGGUACGGCAAUACGUGCUUCUUCAUCUACCGACUAACGCUAGCCAAUUGAUAGCAAAUGGCAAUCUAACAUCAUCGAAUGAGUUAUUUCAACACAACAUUCUUGCUGAGGCGUGUUUGCGCUACCUAAGUAUCUCAAGUUUAUGG